UAUUGUUUUUGCCUACAGCUAGAAUUAACACACAAAAAAUAAAACUUUUGAACUGAAUGAUUUUUCAAAAAUGCAAUUUACAAUAUUUUGACAUUUAAACUGGCAAAUUUACAGAAGAGAUUUCGGAGAGCAAACACAAAAAACUGCACUCGAUUUUGCAGCACACGAAAUUCAGCUUUUCCCUGCCUUCGCAUGUGGUCAUGUGUAUAUAUUCUCCCUCAUUUUUAAUUUUUUUUUUUCUUCAAAGAUGAGGUCUUACUUAUUGUUAGGUGUAUGAAGACAGUUAUUAUUAUAGACAAAUUGAUAAUUAAAUAUUCCUAUUCUUGAAAUUAUUUUUGUAUUGUUACAAAAUGUGUCGCAAUGUUAAUACAGAAUUGGCCUUGUUCACUGAAAAGAUCUCUUUGCGGAUCUCUAAUUGGCGUAUUUCUUGCUUUUGGUUUUCACCACGGAAUUCUAGCAGACUUGGGAAUCAGUGACGAGAUUCUCAUUCAUUUCAGUUUUGCCGUAUUCGUCGUUCUAGGCGUUUCUUGUGCUUUCUCAGAAAGAGUGCAAUGCGUUGGACUGAUAUGCGCAGUUUUCUUCUGCUCCAGGAACGGUCGGAGAAAUAUGCAAGCCUUGCUUUUUACUCUACUUAUUACAGGUCCCGGGCACAAUAUCAUCUUCAACGCAAAAGAGGCUGUGCGGACCUUUGGCUGUGCCGUAGAGCUCGCGUUCAAUAUCAGCAGGGACUACACCUAUUUGACAGUGGAGCCCUUUACCAAGGCCAUACUGGAAAUUGACCACGACGAAAGCGCCGAAUCCAUUUACAGCGCGGUCGAAACCAUGCGAAAACAAAUUGUGCCCAUAAAUACAAUAGUUAAAUCGCAACCGCAAGUAGAAAAUCGUAGGCAGUUUAAUGAGGAAUUGGAGGAAAAACGCAAGGUGCGUCAUAAAUACAAAAUCAAAAGUUCUGACACUGACGCUGAGGCAAUGGAGAAACUAAUCAAGGAAACAGUGGAAAUAGGAUGUCUGAAUUCGAUAGAAAAAAGCAGACGCAACUGCAGGGAAAUUUACAACAAAACUUACAACGAGUGCAUGGGACGCGUUUCAGAGAUGGUGGCAUGGCUGAUAUGCCAGCCUCUUAAGGUCGACUACCUGUGCGAUCUAUCAGAAUUUUUGACCGGUAGAACACCUUGCGACGCCAGCGAUCAUCUCAGCCCAGGUUAUGGUGCAGCCUUCAACAUUCUGGACGCGUCAAAUCAUAGCAUUGAGUCCAUCCUGGGAGAGGCAAAGUUCAGGUACAAACUUCCCGACCCUGAUAUGCGGGAGCAAGUGCAAGAUAUGACUUCGUCGACCAAGACCAUCAUUGCGCGAGUCAGGGCUAAGGCUGAAGGAGCAGAGCUGCUGUUGGGCCUCAUGAACAAGGUGGUCGCCCUGAUGUUCCUGUCCACAAUCCUGAAGGCGGUCAAAUACCUGAACAACUACCUGCAGCGACCAGGCUACGACAAUAUUUUCAUAACCAAGAAGUUUGAAGCACUCAACGAGAAAAGGAAGAAUCAAGGAAGAAGGCCUGUGUUGCUGCCACUUCGCAAGAUGGAGAGGAAGAAUCUGGUGUUCAGGUCAAGCUGGCUGCCCAAUGGACCUGAAGCCACGCACUACUUUAAACCUUGCUUCCGUCUUCUGCUGCUUUGUUUCAUAGUCCUGGUUGUAUGGACCACAGAUUAUCUGUACUACAGAACACUGAUGGUAGUGGCAGACCACGGAAGAUUCAACGUGACUGUGUCAGGCAACCACACAGUGCACAUCAAAGUGGCUGGAACUGGCUUUGUCGCGCAGUUGGUGCGGUCCGUGACGGAGAAAUUCAAUAAUAACGCUUUAAUCAACGAAACGCUGAGUAACGAGCACUGCCUGCCACGGCCAGCAAAACUGAAGACCUACUAUAACGUGAAGAUUACAAUUUGUUUACUGAUGAUGGCUGGUUUGGUCGUGCUCGACCAUUUGACCGACCGAGCGAGAAAUUCAAUUAUUGCGUGGUACUAUCCAGAAAGGGAGGUUCAGCGGACAGUGUUCUUGUACAACAAAUUGUUGAAGAUCAGGAUGCAGUGGGUGGAAGUCGCGAAAAAGGCAGUGCGCGCCCAAAUGGGAGAGCUGACAGCUGAGAGGAAAAGGCUGAGAGAGAGGCCUACCAUUUUAAAAGCAGUAACAUCAAUCAGCGAAAGGUGGUGGAAACGAAAACGCUGCGUGCUUUGCAGCGUAAAAGAAGCAAGAGGCGAACGUUUCGUUUACUGCCAAAAUUGCCUGAUCAAAUUGUAUUUUUGCGUGGCGUGUUGGAGGGAUAUUGAUUGCAAAUGUUUGGUUUGUUCAAUAAAAACCGCUGUCUAA